AUGGCUCCCUCGACCUUUGCAUCCGCCGCUGCAGGCAACCCUCAGUCUUCGUCACGCGACGGCCCUCCUUCAGACUGGUACGUCUCCGCAUACACGCCAGGGAGAGAUCCCCCCCGGACGCCUCCAAUGCGCGCGUCAGGGACCUUGAAAAGGACUCGAGCACAGGCAUGUAGCAAGAUGGGAGCUGAUGGAGCAUUCACAGGUCACGCAGAUCCAACGGUAGCACCCAGACCUUCAGGAGACCUUCAGGCGCAAUGACCACGCCCACCACAGCGCAUCCUUCCGACCCUCUCCCCUCUCAGACCGCUCGCUAUGUUCCCCCGCAUCGUAACGGCACCCUCUCCGACAAUCGCUAUACCAAAGAGCAGCUUCUCGAGUCGUUCAAAGUCCAGCACAGUGUUAACGGGGACGCGAACGACCACCCGCCCAUGCUGUUCACGGGAGCUCCGCAGCCAGACACCGCGAAUGGCACAUCCGCGACGUGGGGUAGGCUUGAGCAUACCAGAGAUAAUCAGCCAGGUCCGGAUGUGUGUUGGGAGAAAGGCGGCUCAGUAGAGCCGCUGGGCUUGAUUGAAAUGGAUGAAGAGGAGAGGGAGGUGAGUGUGAUAUCAUGCGACAACAGAUUUGGCAGACACGUAUGCUGACCGGUACUUCCUCAUUUACAGCUUUUCACAUUAUCCGUCAAUUCGCCAAUCAAGCCUCCGACCGCGACCAAGGAACACUCCCAGGCGAAUGGCCUGCCUGGCCGCAAAUCCUCCAUCUCCAACAGUGUCACCACUCCCGGCGGCUUUGGACUCCCAUCGCCCAGCGUUGCGCGCGGCGGUAGGGGUCGUCGGGAGGCCAGCGAGUCCUAUCCAUUCCCGCAGAACAACGUCUCAUCUCCUGGAGGCUUCAAUCAGCACGAACAGCGCACGGCCUCGCCACCUGCGUCCUUGCUUCGCAGGAGAACGGACAUCAAGGACAACAGCAGAACCGAUGACGGCGACGAUAAACCCAGCUCCUCUGCGUUCGGUACACUCAAGCGGAAUCCCACGGGACCCCUUUCCGCCGGCUUCAAUGCACCAUCUACCCCGUGGAGCACUGCCGGUCCUCAGAGCGCUGGCCUCCCUCCCAUGGGCUCUUUUGGCAACUUCGGUCUCCCUGGUAACGCAAGCCAGCAAGCCGUGUCGGGGGACAAGAGGCCAGGAUUGGGCAGUGGAAGAUCAGAAAGCCGAUUCAAGAACGUUCUGAACAAAGAGAGUAGCGACGAUGGCGCGCAUCGAUCUUUGGAAAGGAAGACGAGCAUCUCUAGUCUUGGCCGAGUGAAUGAGAACGAUUCCUGGCGCCAGGAACGUCCAGAGCCGACCAACGCGACUCUGGAGGAGGCCGAAGAAGAUUUACCUACUGGAAGUGCUGCACUCGCCGCGGACGCCGAGAUAUCCCCACCGCAGCCUCGGCAGGGAUAUCAGGGCUUCGGAACGCCAAGCCGGCAAGGCACAAACGAUGAUUUCGGCUUCGGCGCGUUUGGCAUGACCUCCAACAGCGCACAUGCAUUCGGACAGGGUUUCAAUGCUAGCAGAGAAGCUUUCCACCAGCAGACGCCUUCCCAUCAACGACCCGGUCAACAGUCCGGAGGGAACGAGCCGAUGAGUCCUACUGACACCAACCCUUAUCAAUCGCCGGAGCAUCACAACGCGGACAGGACGACUACAGACAUGGGCGACGACAGCCACGAAAUGCACAACACCCAUUUACCGGGUCUUGGUCAGUUUGGCGCCGACCAGUCGCAACAGCUGGGUGGUCUUGGAGCUCUGCCAAAUCUUGGUCGCCCAACUGGGGCUCAGGGUCCAGCCAGCGACAGGAGUCAAACUUCCAGCGUCGGUCCUGGGCGAGGUGGUUUUCCUGGCUUCGGUGGCCUCGGAACGUUGGGCGGACUGCCUGGAUCAGCAGCGUGGCCAGUCUCUCAAGGUGGCCUCGGGACUCCCAGCAGGCAAACGGCUGGCCUCUCCAUUCCUUUCGGCGGAAGUGUCUUCUCCAAUCCGAUGUCUGACCUGCAGUCGCCUGGUCUGGCAGGGCUCGGCGCGAGCACCAUCAUGAGUCCCCAUAGUGGCGCGUACGGUGGGAGCAGAAUGGCAAGUGUGUUCCCGCAAGGUUUGCAAGAUCAAACGCGCCACAAUGAACAUGACCGUGAAGGAGGGACUGAUCGCGUGCCGCAAUCUUUUGCUGGACUUGGCGAUAUCGGCAGGUCAGCUGAAAGUCCAUUCGCCAACCAAGGCUUCAACCUGGGUCAAGACAAAGGCAGUCUGCACGAGCCAGUGGAUCUCCAACAAGGCCAAUUUGGCGCUCCCGGCCAGCACCAGCAACAGCAAAGCCAGCCUCAAAAUCAGCCUCCAGGAAGCUCAGCUUCUAACCAACCUCCGGCGCCCCAGCAGCGUACUAUGGUGAUGCCUGACAGAAUGCAGUGGAUUUAUCGCGAUCCCCAAGGACAAACGCAGGGGCCGUGGACUGGAUUGGAAAUGCACGACUGGUACAAGGCGGGCUUCUUCUCCCCGGAGCUUCUUGUCAAGAAGAAAGAGGACCCGGAUUACGAGCCACUUGCCCAGCUGAUUCGGCGCAUUGGGAACUCACGCGAGCCCUUCCUGGUUCCGCAGAUUGGCAUUCCUCACGGCGGUCCUUCGACGAGUGCUGGGCCGUCUACCUGGCCUGGUCAAAGCACUGCCAGUGGAGCGCAACCACCGUUUGCAUCUAGCUUCCCUAGCUUUGGAACCACUCUCACUGCAGAGCAGCAGAAUGCUCUCGAGCGCAGAAAGCAAGAAGAGCAGUAUCUGAUGGCCCGGCAGAAAGAGCAUCUCGCUCAACAACAAAUUGCGCAGCGUAUGCAGAUGUCUAGCGGACAUCCGAGUCUAGCACAAGGCCAGCUGCACCAUCAUGGCAGCGCGCACAGCCUGCAGUCGCAACCCAGCUACGGAAGUAUCACCAGCCCCACUGCAUUUCAGCCAAGCCCAAUCCAAGGUCCGACACCCGCGGCUCCAUCGAAUUCCGCCCAGGGGUUUUUCGACAACUCAUACCGUUCACCCCCAGCUGGCGGUAUGGGCACCGCAGGUAUUGAUCCUCUAAGCCGGAUUCGAGAGGAAGAGAUUCCGGGCAUUCUUGACCGACUAAACCUUGGCAGUCGCGCAGGACCUGGCCAGUACGGCGCUCCAGGCCAGCCAUUUGGAGCACAGCAGCAAGCACAGCAGCAGCUUGGACCAGACGUCCAUGACGAGCAAGUCAAACAGAUGCUUGAUGAUCGCGCCAGACUACAGCAGGAGCAAGCGGCUCACGACGCCCAACAGCAACCCGAACGUGAGCAACCAGCAACGAAUGAAAGACUACAGCGAUUCCAACAGCUCCGUGGCGAGCAAGAUAUACAACAUCGUCUGGAGCAAGCCGGUGCCUCAGUGCCCGCCCAUCCCGAAGACACUACCAAAGUCCCCACCGAGGAGCAGCCAAGACAGCCAGAGCAACCAUCGUUGAAGGAGCAAGUCGAGGCAGCUGCGUCCGCCAAGCAGUCUCCAGUGCCUCAGCGCCCUGGCAUGCCAGAACCGUUCCCUCCGGCCCCGUCGCAGUCUCCGCUGCCAGCGCCCGCUGCCCAACGCACUGGAAGGCAGAGCGUUGCUGACCAGCUCCAGACUGAAUCUCGCGACCUCUCUCAAACUCCGUCUGUCGAGACCCCGAGCGCGGCCGUAGCGCCUUGGGCAAAGGAACCAGCAGAGGCUCCCAAGGGUCCUUCCCUCAAAGAAAUCCAAGAGGCUGAAGCGAAGAAAGCUGCUGAGGUUGAACAGAUGGCUGCCGCUGCUCGUCGUGCUGCGUUUCAGAAGGAGAUGGAGCAACAAGCGCAAGCUUCCGCUGCUGCGCAGCCAAGCCUUCCCACCAGCUCUACCUGGGGUGCUGGAUCUCCCGCAACGCCGACUGGGCCUGCACCCGCAGCUUGGGCUAAGACUGCUCAAAAGCCUACCGGACCGGCUACGGGAAAGACACUUGCGCAGAUCCAGAAGGAAGAGGAGGCACGCAAACGGAAAUUGGCCGCUGCGGCAACCGCAGCGCAGGCCCAGGCAGCCGCUGUGAGCGGCGUCGCUGCCCCCGCCGGUAGCAAGAGCUACGCUAACCUCGCCGGCAAGGUCAUCUCGCCACUUCCGAACACAGCAGGCGGCGCAUGGACGACAGUCGGCGCUGGCGGCAAGGCCAAAACUCCUUUAGGUGGUCCCGCUCCCUCUGCUGUGCGCACUGUGAGCGCAGGUGUUGUGCCAACAGUUCAACCAGCUGCGCCAACGAUUAAGAAGCCUACAGGGAGGAGCACCACCACGGCCAACUCCAGUGGCAUGAACGCCCAGGAAGAGUUCAAAAAGUGGGCCAUUGGCGAGUUGCGCAUGGAAUUGAACAAGGACCUUAAUCCAAACGACGUCUUCAGCGGUCUGAUCAACUUGCCGGCUGAUUUGGAGAUGAUUACCGAGGCUGUGCAUGGCGUCUCCAGCACUUUGGACUCUCGCCACUUUGGCGAGGAGUUUAUGCGCCGCAAGCGACUUGCGGACAAGGUCAGUCAAUCUUGUGGCUUGGACUUUUUCAUGGUUUACUGACGAAUUCUUUCAGGGCAUCAUUGACACAACCGUACCUAAGAGUGCAUCUCCAUCUCACGCGGCGAAUAAGGGUGCCGCGGACGGCUGGAGUCAGGUUGCACAGAAGAAGCGACCGGAAGAGACCAGAGAGGAUUCUUAUGGCAAUGGCAACUUCAAGGUCGUGCCGAGCAAGAAGAAGGGCGGGAAGAGAUAG